AUGGAAUCUACUCGGACUAUCUUAUCUUCUGAACUCAAAUUUCCUUGUUUCAAGGGUUUGCACUGCAGAGACUUGAAUGAAGUAGCAUCCAAAUCUUUUCUGAGGGUUAAGAAAGAUAAUGUGCAAGUAUCUAAACAUCAAGCCGGAAAAUCCUUUGUUUCUAGCCUUUUAGUGCCUGCACAGUCUGAAGGCUUGUCUAAGGGAAAGAAACAGCUGGAAGUGGCUAAUGGAAAUGAAAUUGUGAGGACAUUGUUGAUUGACAACUAUGAUAGUUACACCUACAAUGUUUACCAAGAGUUGUCCAUCGUUAAUGGGGUGCCUCCAGUGGUGGUGUAUAAUGAUGAUUUGACAUGGGAAGAGGUUUGUCACUACUUAUAUGAAGAAAAAGCCUUUGAUAACGUUGUUAUUUCUCCUGGACCUGGAACUCCAUCACGCCCGGAAGAUAUAGGAAUAUGCCUUCGGCUGCUGCGUGAGUGCAAGGACAUCCCUAUUUUGGGUGUUUGCCUUGGCUAUGAGGCUCUGGGACAUGUGCAUGGCGCUGAAAUUGUUCAUGCACCUGAACCAAUCCAUGGACGCUUGAGCGAACUUGAGCAUAAUGGGUGCAGUCUAUUUGAUGAUAUACCUUCUGGGCCUAAUUCGGGAUUCAAGGUGGUUCGAUAUCAUUCCCUUGUUAUAGAUGCCAAAACACUUUCGAAGGAACUCGUACCUAUAGCAUGGACAUCUUCCAGUGACGCACUUUCUUAUCUUGAGAUCCAGAAGUCUGGUGAGAGUCCUGAUGCUUACGAAAGUCAGAUGGGGCAAAAGCAUGGAAAUUCAUCACCUUCCAGGCAUUCAGAGAAAAUUCAGAAUGGGAAAAUCCUCAUGGGUAUAAUGCACUGCACGAGACCUCAUUAUGGGGUUCAGUUUCACCCUGAGAGCAUUGGAACCGCUUAUGGAAGGAAAAUAUUCAAGAACUUCAGAGAGAUUACCCAGGAUUAUUGGCUGAGAAAGAUAUUAUUCUCAAACGAGAGAAGGGUCAAUGAUUUAUUUAGUAUUAUGCAGGAACCUCGUUCGAGUCGACUGUUUAAAGAACUUCUCGGCCAUAGACGGCUAGUACAUAACGCAGGAGAAAGGAGGUCCUCUGGUUUUCCCAGUUUACUAAAUCUGUCACUCCCAAGCUCUGAUGUUAAAUUUCUGAACUUGGAAUGGAGGAAAUUCAUUGGCUUGGCUGGACAAGUUGGUGGAUCAAGAAAUAUAUUUUGCGAACUAUUUGGAGGCAAUAAUGCUGAGUACACCUUUUGGCUGGACAGUGCUUCAACAGAGAGAGGGCGUUUUUCGUUUAUGGGAGCUAAAGGUGGAUCUCUUUGGAAGCAAUUCACCUUCAGACUGUCCCAUAAAAGUGAUACAGCUUCUGAAGGGGGAGGUCAUCUAUCUAUUGAAGAUUCUCAGGGCUCCAUCACAAACACAUUUCUGGAAGGUGGUUUCCUAGAUUUUCUGAACAAGGAGCUUCUAUCAAUUCGGUAUGAUAAAAGAGAUUAUGAGGGACUACCAUUUGCCUUUCAUGGUGGAUAUGUUGGUUAUCUUGGGUAUGACCUGAAAGUUGAAUGUGGUGCUGCAUUUAACCGGCACAAAUCAAAGACUCCAGAUGCUUGUUUUUUCUUUGCAGACAAUAUUGUGGUGAUUGAUCAUCAUUAUGAUGAUGUUUAUAUUCUGUCCUUACAAGAAGGAAGCACAGCCACACCAGCAUGGUUAGAUGAAACAGAGAAGAGGCUUUUAGGCCUAAAAGCUUCUGAUACAAACAAGUCUGAGGUGGCUAUGUCACUGACAGCCACACUAUCCCCAUCUGAAGCAGGCUUUCUGGCUGACAAAUCCAAGGAGCAAUACAUGAAAGAUGUGAAGCAGUGUCUUCAAUUCAUCAAAGAUGGAGAAAGUUAUGAGUUGUGUCUUACAAGUCAGCUAAGAAAGAGAAUUGGGGAAAUGGAUUUGCUCGGCUUUUACCUACACCUCAGAGAUAAGAAUCCUGCACCAUUUGCUGCCUGGCUUAAUUUCCCGAAGGAAAAGCUCUGCAUCUGCUCUUCUUCUCCAGAAAGGUUCCUAAAGCUGGAUGAAAAUGGGAUGCUGGAAGCAAAGCCCAUCAAGGGAACCGUGCCGCGUGGUUCCGCGAAGGAGGCAGAUGAACAACUGAAACAGAAACUACAGUGCAGUGAAAAGGAUCAGGCUGAAAAUUUGAUGAUUGUUGAUCUGCUGAGGAAUGAUCUAGGUCGUGUCUGCGAGGUGGGUUCUGUGCAUGUACCCCUUCUCAUGGAUGUGGAGUCGUAUACAACUGUUCACACAAUGGUGAGCACAAUUCGUGGGAAGAAGGACUCCACUAUGAGCCCUGUGGAUUGUGUGAGAGCUGCAUUCCCUGGCGGUUCUAUGACUGGUGCACCAAAGUUGAGAUCAAUGGAGCUUCUUGACUCCAUUGAGAGCAGUUCCCGAGGUAUCUACUCUGGCUCCAUCGGGUUUUUCUCAUACAACCAGACAUUUGAUCUCAACAUCGUGAUAAGAACAGUGGUGAUACAUGAGGGUGAAGCUUCAGUGGGAGCAGGAGGAGCUAUUAUUGCUCUGUCGGAUCCUGCAGGCGAGCACGAAGAGAUGAUCCUGAAGACUCGUGCCCCAGUAAAUGCUGUUGCCAGCUAUCAGAAGGGAGCAGCAUCAAAUGAGAAGAGCAGUGACAGUGAGCUACAAUCUGAGGAAUAA